CCGUCUUGAUGCCGAAUACCAGUACAUAGAUACAUCAACAUCCGCAACUUCUCAAUGAGCCAUUUCAGACUCCCAGGUGCGUAUCCAGAAGAGUCUCUGGAUUCCACUUCUACAAAUCCCAUCACCACAGGAAGUUCCAGCCAAUUACACAAUCAUCCUGGAAAUACGCCCGCCAGUGCCGUUCUAGACCACAAGAACCUCGUGAGCUUCGAAGUAAGACACUUUUUGCUGCAAAAGGCAAAACACCAGCAACAUCUCAUCAUACAGCUCGAAAGCAUCAUCUACAUUCUCAUUGCAUACCAGUUCAUCAAGUUCUGCCAUCUGGCUUGUUUGCUACCCGUACUUCUCCACUUUACCUGUAACAUGCUUUUGGGAAUUGAUGCGUUUACAUCGGACACGCCUAACUUAAGAGCAGGUUUGCCUGGUUUGCUUCUUCAACUCGAUAGACAACAACAACAACUGCCAGCUAUACAAGAGCAAGUAACACAAAUGGUACUAGCAAAACUCCAGUUGACGCUAUUCUGGAAAACCAUCACCGUUCUACUCUACCAUACUCUUUUUAUCGCUUUCUGGGUCUUGCCUCUUGUAGAGUCUGGCCAGAACCAGGCUCUCGAACAUGGAACCUGGUGGUUUGUCACCUUCAUAGGAGAAGAGCUUCCCCAGAAUCUCGUGGCCAAAGAUUCUUUCUGGAGUAAACUUGCAUUAUUGGGAUUGCCUGGACUCCUCAUCACCGAUUUGGUGAUCUUGUUUCUUCAGCUUGUGCUCUACCAGGUGGUGUAUGUUCAAUCAGGGAUUCUGCAGGGCACAGCACUAAAUGAGAGCGAAGAGUACAGAGUAAGAACUACAACAGAUAUUCAGUCCACAACUAUGGACACAAGCGAGGCACCCAACCAGAUCAACCCCUUGGUGUUAAAAGUGCGGCUCUACGAAUGUUUCAAGCUAGAGACAUAUAUAAGGACUAGUAACUUGGCCAACUCGACCGAUACGAACUCAUAGACUACCCCAUAUUUCGUUCUUCUAAUAUACACUAUUUAU